CCAUCGUUCAUUUUAUUAUUUACACCUGUGCCUUUCCUACUGACAUGUCAAAAUGUCAUGUCUGUUAAAAAGGCUUAUCUUGACACAAUGUAAUAUGAGGGUAAGAGAGAUGUCUUUACACACCCAAACAGUCUUGAGAGGGAGUCUAAUUAAGCAAAAGUGAAAACACUUGAGUGGGUAGACCAUUGGUUUGAAGGGCCUUUAAUACCUUUAUAAAACCAGUGAUAAAUGAUAUACUGUAUCCUUGUAUGGGUAUGCUGUAUAAAAUUGAUGUCCUUUUUUAUAUAGCCUUAUCAAUAAAAUAUAAUAAAUACAUACUGUAUGUAACUACUGGCAUAGAUAGUGCAGGGACCAAUCAGCCUUGCCGUACAUACAGUAUAUGAGUGUAUACUUUACACAUAUCACACGUUCACAAAACUGUACGUACCUUUAAGUACUGUGGUUUAGUUGAAGCCGAACAUGAGAGUUCAGCAGUGCAGUAGAGCCAACAUACCAUGAAAUAAUUACAGCAAGAAAGAGAGAGUGCAUGGGUCACGUUAUGAGACUUUUGGAGCAUGAAAAUAGUUCUCACAGAGGCCAACGUGAUGCACAGUAUCAUAUAGAGUAGUGCAGCCACCAAAAGAACUGUACAGUAACUAGUGCAACUGUGCACAUAUGGUAGGAAUCGAAAGUUGUGAGAACAAUUAUAUCAGAGUCAGUUUUAUAAGAUUUUGCUAUUAGGAAUAAUAUGAUGCAUAAUAUGAUGACAACAGAGGUAAUAACUGAAUGUAAAUAACAAACGGUGGUGAUUUAACAAGAAAUGUACCACUUAAUUGUGAGUUGUUCUAAAAAAAAAAUGCUGCACAGAAAGGAUUUUGUGGGGAAAAUACACAGUAAAGACUAUCACAGUCCAAAAAUGUUGAAAAUACUGUUACCAAAAAAAUUAAUUUGGGAAGCUCAACUUUUAUUGUGUCUCCCAGCAGUUUCCCGUCCAUUAUAUUUGGAGCACCUCUAUGACCUCCAUGAAAGUUGUUGUUAAAAGUUUGAAUUAAACUUCUCUGAGCUGCAGGAAAAAAACAUCAUGCGAGACUUUUAAAAGCAGUGGUGUUUUAAACACUGGCCACUUCAAAGACAGAGAGUUCCAGAAACUGAGCAGCCUUAUGUUGACAAGCCCAGCCUUGAGGACAGGAGAGCCAUUGAACAGAAGCUUAGAUUAAGAGUAAUCCUCUGUUCGACUCGCUGAGAAGCUGCUCAAAUCUCUUGUUCAUCACUCUUAUACCUGUUAUAGUUGGUGGGGUUCUGCCAAAGUAGCAGUGCAUAGAUAUAUGAGAUAACCAUGACUCAGCCUAAAAAACAGCAACUUCUAAUUAACCUGAAAUGUUGCUAAAUUGAAUUUCUGUAAAUGGAUUCUUCACAGAAAAGUGAAGCAAGCUAUAAAUAUCAUUGCUGGAAGAUGAAACCAUUCACUUGUAUUAAAAACAACCUAAAAUACUUCCACAAUAACUGAAAUAAAAUCACUGGCAAUAUGCUCUGAGAGUUAUUGUCAUUGCAUUGUUUGCUUGUUUUUAAAUUCUCUUGUAUACAUCUAACACACCGUGGGACUGGUCAUACAGUACAUUGAACAAACAUCAUGGGGAAGCUGGCAUUUGAAACAAGCCUAAUCAUAACUGAACUAAAUGUCUGAAACUAUGAAAUGAAAUAUCAGAGAAGAGAAAAAAAAGACUCUGUAUAGUUCUGCAUCAGUUACUUUUCAAUUACAGCAGCCGAAGCAGAACGAAAUUGUUAGUGUCAUUUAUCGACUGUGGUGCUCUCCAUUAGAGUAACAACUGAGAGAAAUCCGUCCUGUUGUAUAACCACCUGGCUUUCUUACAAUAACAAAGAGUUCAUUUCUUCAGCUGGCCUUAAAAGUCUUUCUGGUGUGAUAUAAAGAACAGAUGAGAAGGCUACACCAGGAAACACAGAAGAGCACAUACAGACCAAUGAAAUCUGACCAGACAGGUAAUUUUCUCACUGUAGUUCCUCCAAUCAACUCCUGUAGAAGACAGAGUGAGUAAUUAUGUUUGUAUUUUUGUCUUCUGAGAGAUUAGGACUGGCCUCAUCGCUUGAAUUAUUUUCAAGAAUUAAAAAAACAAAACAUAUUUGCCAUAUAAAUAUUUUUUGUAGUUAAAAAUAGCUUGUUUUAUUUUCCUUUUGUGAAUCUUGUUUGCCGUCUUAACAUAUGUUUGACGGUCUAUUUAAUAAAUAAUUAAUAAGUGGAAAAUAGUUUCAUACGUUUCUGAAACAAAUUAAUCAAUAUUCCUUGUGAUUAGGUUUGCUUAUAAACAUAUCUUAAGUUAAUGUCAUGUCUAUUACUUAUGCCUUGAUGAUCAACCCUGGUGAUGUGGACCAGGCAAGAGUAGCCGAGCGCAGACACCAUCCCCAACCCCCCUAUGUGUAUAUUUUUUUAAUACUUUGUGAGGAAAAACUGUCAACCAUAUCCAAAGUGCAGGACCAAAGAGAAGUAAAUAAUGUAUGCUUUUGUUAGAUUCUUUGAAGACGAUAUGUGCUACGCGUUACCCGUUUCAAAUGUGGAAGAUUUCAGACCUCUGCACAGAACAGAUUUUGAUAAUCAGAAGGUGUAUCUGGUUCACAGAACUGAAGAGAAUGGCAGCGCAGGCCAGCCGUGCGAAGCACAGAUCCUUGCCCUUGCAGAUACAGUAGAGGAAUUUGAAGACAGUAUAAUGCAAAAGAAGAUGAAAAUUCCCAAGAUGUCCAUCAAGAAUUCAGGAAACUGUAUUGAGAACAAUUUUGGAGAGGAGAGAAUGCCACUCAGGCAUAAAAAGGCCCUAUCUCAGGACCAUGGACGCCCCCUUUCCAACUCCUCCAAGAGCCUGGCAGCAGUAGUGGCUCGCCUGGAGAGAAAUGCAGCCAGCUCCUGUAUGGAAGGGGAAGAGGACCUGGAUGAGGACCGGCUGGCCGAGGAGGGAGAGGAUGCAGACGACGAAGAUGACGAUAUGGAGGCAGAGCAUCAGCAACAUCAUCACCAGCAGCAACAACAGCAUUUGGAGGUGGACACGGAUUGUGUGUCUGAGGUAGCUGCAGCCGUGGUUCCCAGGGUCUUGUAUGAGGAGCUGGUUCACAGCUACAGGCAACAGGAGGAGGAGAUGAGGAGGCUGCAGCAGGAGCUGGAGAGAACCCGCAGGCAGCUGGUGCAGCAGGCCAAGAAACUGAAGGAAUAUGGCAGCUUGCUGACAGAGGUCAAAGAGCUGAGGGACUUCAACCGGAGGCUGCAGGACGUACUUCUCAUGAGACUGGGAAGCGAGCCUAUGCAUGACAAUGGUACUCAGACAAUCAAGGCUGAAGUGGUUGAACCCAUUGUUGAGGCCCAGGAAACAUGCAGAGAAGAAGCCAACACCAGUUCCAGCUACUCGCCCUCUCCCAGAACAGUAUACACCUGCAAUGAUGGGAAGGUACACCUCGGUGGUGGCAUCUGGGUGGAGGAGGAGAAGUGGCACCAGCUGCAGCGGACCCAGGGAGACUCCAAGUUCACAAAGAACCUGGCUGUAAUGAUCUGGGGCACAGAAACCCUCAAAAACCGUAGUGUCACUGGAGUGGCCACCAAAAAGAAGAAAGAUGCUCUGCCCAAACCUCCACUCUCACCCAGCAAGCUGAAAAUCGUCAGAGAGUGUCUCUACGACAGAGUGUCUCAAGAGACAGCCGACAGUGCAGAGAUUACGCAGAGAUUGUCCAAAGUGAACAAAUACAUUUGUGAAAAGAUAAUGGAUAUCAACAAGUCCAUCAAGAACGAGGAGCGACGGGAGUCCAAGCUGCUCAUCAGACAAACAGUCAAGAUGGAGAACUUCACAUAUGAUGGCAUGUAGUGAUCAACUGUUGUCACGCCGGCGCCUUCUCCCCCCCCUCCCCCGUGGUCCGCAGGAUAUUGAGGGGACUUGAUUUGGGUGAUUGGAGGAAUGUUUGUCACAGUUUCAGGAGUAGUUGUAUUCCUUUUACACAUUGGAUUGGUUAUUAUGUGAAAUGUUAAAACAAAUAGGCCCCUUCUGAGCUCCCUAUGUGACUUGAGCAACCAUCACCUUCCUCAGUGCCCAGUUUGCAAAUGUGGCUCACAGACAGCUUUACCCACUGGUCAGAAGUUGAACACAUGUGAACUAGUUUGAUGUGAACUGGUAUGAGUAUUUUUAUAAGCUUUACUGUGGGAUUGGUACAGAGACACGGUUUAUUGACGUGUGUGCAUUUGUGUCAAAAGAGAGAUUAGAUGUGAUUGUGAGAUUAAUUUAUUGUUCUGUGUCAGAACAUAAGUUUGAGUCCUUAAACUUUUAAAAAGUAAGAGGUUAUUUCCCUAGAUAAAGUCUUCUGAUGCUAAAAAGAAGAGGAUGCUCGCUUGCAUUAGAUCUUAGAUGUGUGAAAGGUUGGGUGAUCUGGUGACUACCCAAUUACUGCUGGGGAUCUGAGUGUUUAUUGUUGGUACUUACUGCAUAGAAUGGGACAUCAGGGUCUCGGAUGCAUAAGUCUUAAUUAGUAACAGCCAUAUUGCAUAUUGCAACAGAGACUCUGUUGCUCCAAGAGAUUCAUUUUGAGUUUGCUCCCUCCUUAAACUGUAGGUCAAUCACAACACAUCACUUCAUUAAAAAGAGGGUUUACAGAGGUUUAACGGGAAGUAUGACUCUAGAGUAUAUAGUUUUGUGCUGUAUUUGUUUUGUUUUUUUAUGUUGAUCUUUUAGUUAUGAACAUUUGCCAUCAAUGAGAGGACACAAGGAAAGGUUUUAGAUGUGAUAUUCCUGUGUUACUCUUAAUCAAACCUGUCACUUGCAGACGAUUUGACUGUUUAACAAGUUGUAGUGGUACAGGCACGUUGAUGCCUAGAAAGGCCUUAAAUGGAUUUGGCAAUCACCAGGGGCUGGUAUGCCCCUGGGUUUUCUAGUAAGCUGUGAUUGUAAAUGUAUAGUAAGCUGAAGUGAUGAAGCUUCACCUGCACUUUGCUGUGAGAAUGUAAGAGAUGGCUAGGUACUAUUUUCUGUGUGAUUCACACCAUUAAGUUGAGCUGAGCCGGGCUACUCGCUAUCCCACCCCUCCUGUAGUUAAAAGAUGCUGUGCUGCACGGGAAAAUGUGGGGAAGAAAAUCAGGGCACAGCUCUGCACGGUUCAGGUCAUCUUCUUGUGGAAGGAGUGUUAGCUGUGGGUAAAGCUGUCUGAAACACUAUUGUGCUGUUGAUGUUUUCUGGGCCUCCUGAACCCAUAAUAACCCCCCUCUUUUUUAAGCCACACCACUGGGGAACAAAGUAAGGUCGCUCCAGUGACAAUUUCCUCUGAGCUAUGCCAUCAGAACUUUGAAAAUGUCCUCUUUUUCUUGUAUGUUUUUUAAAGUUUAUUUUUUUCUCUUCGGUUGUUUUAUUGUUGGUUUGUGUGGCUGUCUGCAGGCUGGAACUAAAUGCUGCAGAUUGAAAUCUCAACUGUGACCUAGCAGUGGCUAACUGUGAAUCUGCUGCAGAGCUGCCCAUCAAGCCUUUCUCCUCUUCACACUCUAGAUUCUUGUAUGUCGGUUGGUUUAUUUCUCUCUAUCAUUUUUGUCUGUCUUGGUUUUUGUUAUUUCAAAAGUUCAGAUCAGCCUUUUGUUAAGCUACCUUUAUGUUUUGGAGAUAUUUUAGUGUACAUAAAACACAUCUUUUUUUUUUAAUUUUUCACCAAACAUGGAUAUUUCAGUUUCUAGUCAUGUUACAUGUUAUAGUUUUAAGGUUCUGGUCAAGUUCUGGUUUAUCUAAUUGAUGUUGUAAUUCCAUGUUACCUGACAAUUUCUUGUGUUUCUUUUUACACUCAUAUAUUUUGUUUGUUUGUUUUUUCCAUACGAAUUGUUGGCUUUAAGCUUGAUAUUGUAUCCAAAUGUAGAUCAGUGGAAUCUACAAACAAAAGAAAAAAAUAUCUCCCUUUCUUAGCCAAAGUGAUCUCUGAGGACAAGAGAGACAAGGCUUCCCUUAAAAUCAGAUUUUGAAAGAGCCCAUACAUUAUAUUACAUUCACAACAUGUGAUAUUUGAUAAGCCUCACUUGGAAUCUACCUUGGAUUUCUAAAAAUCUGCCACAGUAAGAUGAGAUUCUGUAUCAUUAAACCAUUGUACUCGAGCAAUGGAGAUGCAGUAUUUAGAUCAACACAAAUCAUUUACAUUGAAUGCACUUUAAACUUCUGGGCAAUUUCCUCAAACUUAAAGGCAUACUAUGCAGGAUUAGUCGGUUGCUGUUUGUAAACACAACAUUCAAAGUUGACCCUUCCUCCCCCAGCUCAAUGACACCAGAGCACGAGAGAGAGCAGCAGUGGUCGAGCAAGCUAGAGGGUGAAUAAAGAGAGGGAGAGGUGGUAGCAGAACAAAG